AUGCGUGCUUGGCGCUUUGGCCGCCCUGGCCAACUCGAGCACACGCUCAUCCUUGACACCAAUGUGGCGAAGCCCGCGGCAUCCUCCCUCAAGCCACAGGAGCUCCUCGUCAAGGUCUCGGAAUGUGGGCUGAAUCCUGCCGACUACAAGCUCAACGAAUUGGGCCAAGUCGCACGACUGGUACUGGCCUACCCUAAAACAGUUGGCAUGGAUUUUGCAGGCGUCGUGGCAGCUGUCGGCAAUCAAGUGAACGAUGUCAAAGUCGGUAGCUCUGUGCUGGGGAGAGCGUCUCCUCUGCAGGGUCCAGGUGGAUUGUCAGAGUACGUGGUUGCCGAACGGUCUGCGGUCGCAGAAUACGCUCCCAAUGUUCGGGAUCCGGCAGGCUUGCCCACUGCUGGGCUCACAGCAUACCAGACUAUUGCACCAUAUGUAUCUGCCGGGUCAAAAAUCUUUAUCAACGGUGGCUCGGGUGGAGUGGGCACAAUGUGCGUCCAGAUUGGCAAGAUACUAGGCUGCCAUGUGACCACCUCCUGUUCGACCGGCAAGAUGGACCUGUGCAAGGAGCUCGGGGCCGACGUGGUCAUUGACUAUAAGAAGAACUCGGUGGUGGAGAAGCUUCAGGGCGCCGGGCUCAAGUUUGAUCUUAUCGUGGACAAUGUCGGCAACAAUCCGUCCAACCUAUUUUCUGCGAGCAACGACUACCUCAAGGCCCGUGCCCCCUACUUCUUUGUUGGUGGGAAUUUGAGCUUCUCGACGGUCACCAAACUGCUCUACGCCAUGCUGCUGCCUGCCUUUAUGGGGGGUGCGAGAGGCAGGUUCCGGUUGUUCAUGACCAAGAACAGCCAGCCUGACCUGGAGCAGCUCACCGCGUGGCUGAGCGAUGGCAAGCUGAAGCUCAUUGUUGACAGGAGGUUCCCGUUUGAGGAGGCCAAGAGUGCGAUGGUGUACGUGAAGGAGGACUCGCCUCGCGGCAAGGUUAUUGUCAACGUGGGAGCGAACCAGUGA